GAGAAAUGAAGAGAGAUUGAGAUUUGGGGAAAGUCCGAAAUGGAGCGGAUUUUGUGUUUCCUACAAAGCAGGCAAAGGCUGAUGAUGAGACUGCUCACAGUCGCAGACGCCUUCUUUCCUUUUCAACUUUGAAGGCCAAGCCAAGCCAAUCCAAGCCAAGGGAGAGACUCUAUGACGCACAAACCGAGAUACAGGAAGGAAUCUGAUGCCCUUCAGUUUAACUAACGCACCGCAACCACGAGGGAAUCCAAUUUUUAUCUUCUUGCUUCGAUUACCCACAACAUUGAUUCCUUUGAAACUCGUGAGCUUACAGAAAGACAGAAAUGGCGCCAUCCCGAUAUUCAGGGAUGCGGUCUUAGAUCUGGGUAAAUGACAUGUUUCAGCAACAGAGUACUCAUAAGUCGAGCUUUCUUCAAAACAACUCAUUAGUUCGUGAUCAGAACAUACCUUUUGAUGCCAGCUCGAUGGAACCCACAAAUGGAUGCAAUGAUCCCAGCAACACCCCAAAUUUGGCCUCAAAACAGAGAUUGCGAUGGACACAUGAUCUUCACGAACGAUUCGUUAAUGCAGUGGCACAACUUGGUGGUCCAGAUCGUGCUACACCCAAAGGCGUCCUUAGAGUGAUGGGUGUUCAAGGUCUAACGAUAUACCACGUUAAAAGCCACCUGCAGAAAUAUCGACUUGCAAAAUACCUUCCCGACUCAUCGUCUGAUGGGAAAAAGGCUGACCAGAAGGAUUCUAUUGAUGUUCUACCGAACAUUGGUGGCUCGUCGGGAAUGCAAAUUACGGAAGCACUUAAGCUGCAGAUGGAGGUCCAGAAGCGACUGCAUGAACAAUUAGAGGUACAGAGACAGCUACAGUUACGGAUUGAAGCCCAAGGCAAGUACUUAAAGAAGAUAAUUGAAGAGCAACAAAAACUUAGUGGGGUUCUUUCAGGAGCAGCUCCAGUUGCCUCUUCCUGCUCAGCUCCUGCUUCUGGUGAGAACUGCCCAGAAACCGACAAGAACGACCCACCAACACCUGCGCCCACAUCCGAGUUUCCUCGCCAAGAGAAAGCAUCAAAGGAACGUGCCCAAGCCAAGAGUGUCUCUAUUGAUGAUUCUUUCUCAUCUCGUCACGAACCAUUGACGCCCGAUUCUGGUUGUCAUAGCUCCCCAAAUGAGAGCCCAAGGCCAGUGAAGAAGCAAAGACAGUACCAGGAUGGUGCAUUUGCCAAAUCAGAGAUGAUACUCGCACAUCAGAUACUGGAGUCAAGUUUAAACUCCACUCACAAGGGAUCACGCUCUGUUUUUCCAGCCAGAGAAACGUUGGAUCCUUCAUCUGGACUAUCUAUAGGGGACGAUGAGCAGUUUGACUAAACCACAGGGUCUCCUAGUCCUAGUGUUCCUUGUUUUCACUAGUUUAUCAUCUUCCACGGUUAGUUCCUGUUGUAGUUUUGCUAGUCUCUACAUAUUGUGGUGUAUCAUAUCAUAGCACAUCUCGACACAUAAUUUUUUUUCCUGAGUAGGACCAAUAUUUGAUGAACCUGAUGAUUAUGUCCACAAUCCAAGCAGGACCCAUAUUUGAUCUUAUUAGAGAAUUAUCUGGCAGUUGAAACCAA